UAAUCCAGACACGGAGGUUUGCCAGCAAUGGCGCACGAUAUAUAACUACUUGAUUUCUUCUGUGACUUGAAACAGAGGAAGAAGGAGAAAUACGACUAGGAUCCGUGGACGAGUGCGCAGGAUGUCGCGCGCGAGAAAGAGAGUCAAGACGGACGCGGAGGGCGAGAGUCUGCAUCCUGAUCUACGCACUGCCGGUGCCGAGGCGCGUGAAAGAGGGCGAGUAGCACCUCAAACUACACCGGAGCAGUAUACAGAACAAGAAGAUGAGAAGGAUGAGGAUGAGGGUGAGGAGGAGGAGGAGCUACAUCUGCCGCAGAUCAGCAGGGCCAAACCCGCGCGCCGACGGCAUCAAGGAAUAAACACGCUCCAACUCCUCAGCGGCGCCACGCACGCAGCACACACACUCACCAUCAACAGCAAGAGCAAAACCAAGUCUGCGGGAACAGAAGUCGGCGAUGCUACGCAUACGCAACCUGGGCCGCGGUUCGCGCCGGUGAGGGCUUCGAAAGGUGGUGGUCGGGGAAGGUUGAGGAUCGACUUUUUAGGUCCGAGUUUGUGGAGACCGAAUUACGGAAACGAAGACAAGUUUCUGAAUCGCGCUCCGACGACGACGACGACGACGACGACGACAACGAUAACCCACCGAAACCAGAACCAGAACCAGAAGACAUCCAAACAAAGACACAGCAUCCAACCAUCAACCCAAAAGCACCCGACCAACCCACCCUAUCCGACCAACAAUCCCUCGUCGCGCACGGCAAGCUCAUCGAAGUCCCCGUCCAGAUCAACCAGCGUCGAAACGCUCGGCCUGCGCAGCAGACGAAGAGGGCGGGCAAGAGUGCUGCUGACGCUGAGAGGGAACGAAAGUUGAAUAUCGAGGGACGACUUAACUCUGUCCUUGCCGAGAGUAGCAUCUCCUCGGCAUACCUCCGCCCACCAUUCGAAACCUCACAAAGUAUCACGCUGGAGGAUAUAGAGCAGCAACUCGAAGACGAAGAAGCGAAGCGGUCGAACGCCGCCGAGAAUCGGAAAAAGGCGCAGGCGGAGCGGGUCGCAAGGGAGAAGAUCGA